CUUUAAUCUAUGCCGAAAUUCUAAGGAAUCUUCUUCUUAGCUACUGUAUUAAGUUAAUCUAUGGAAACUUAAGCAACCAAUAUAAAUGUGAUGCUAAUUUUCAUCUGAUAUACACAAUUACAUCUCCUUAAUCCUCACAUUGCUCUCUGUCUUCUUAUGAUCAUGGACACUCCUUUUAGCAUCUUUUGCUUUCUGUGCCUUCUGAGUGUCGUUUGUUGUGUUGAUUUCAAAAUAUCUCGUUUUGAUCCUGAUGAUACCAGGAUACUCUAUCAAGGAGAUGCAGUACCUUCUGUUGGAGCGAUUGAAUUGAUCAACAGGAGAACUUACCAGUCUCGUGUUGGUCGGGUCAUGUAUGCAGAGUUGGUGCCAAUAUGGGAUUCUGACUCUGGAAAGCUCUCAGAUUUUACAACACAUUUCACCUUUACCAUCGACACUCAAUCACUUCCAAGUUAUGGUCAUGGUCUUGCAUUUUUUCUUGCACCGGUUGGCUUUCAGAUUCCUCCCAACUCAGCAGGUGGCUUUCUGGGACUUUUUAACACAAGCAACAGUGAUUCACCUGCAAAUCAGAUUGUUGCUGUUGAGUUUGACUCGUUCCCUAAUCCCGAGUGGGAUCCAUCGUAUGAGCAUGUGGGGAUUAAUAUAAACUCAGUCUCCUCAUCCGUGAACACUUCUUGGAAUGCUUCCUUGCAUAGUGGAGAUACUGCUGAUGUGUGGAUUGUGUAUGAUGCUUCUGUCACCACACUUUCAGUCUUUUGGGCCUACCAAGAAGAUCCCAGGUUUCAGAAAAAUUCAAGUCUUUCUUAUAAAGUUGACCUCAGGCAGGUUCUGCCUGAAAUGAUCAGUAUUGGAUUUUCAUCCGCUACAGGUCAGAAUGGGGAGCGAGCUACCAUUAAAUCAUGGGAGUUCAAUUCAACUCUAACAAUGGAACAUAUAAGUUCUGACACAAAAAAGGUCAAAAUUAUAGUGGCCACGACAGUUUCAGUCGCUGUGCUGCUUUUACUUGCUAUAUUAGUCUUUUUAGUAAGGUUGAGGAGACGACGUAGAGCAAGGAAAGCAGAAGAAGCAGCCCAAAAUUUGACAUCAUUCAAUGAUGACCUGGAAAGAGCAGGACCCCGGAAAUUUUCCUACCAGUCUCUAGUUGUUGCUACUAACAACUUCUCAGAUGAUAGAAAGUUAGGCGAGGGAGGCUUUGGCUGUGUUUACAAAGGCUACCUGACAGACCUUGAUAUACCAAUUGCUGUGAAAAAGAUAUCGAGGGGAUCUAGGCAGGGUAAGAAAGAGUAUUUAACUGAGGUCAAGGUUAUUAGCAGGUUGAGACAUCGAAAUCUGGUCCAGCUCAUAGGUUGGUGCCACGAUCAUGGUCAGUUCCUACUUGCCUAUGAGUACAUGCCAAAUGGAAGCCUUGAUGUCCAUCUCUUUGGUAAAAAGAGUCCACUUGUUUGGACGCUUAGAUACAAGAUAACGCUUGGUUUUGCAUCUGCUUUGCUUUAUCUUCAUGAGGAGUGUGAGCAAUGUGUUGUGCAUCGAGACAUAAAAGCCAGCAACAUCAUGCUGGAUUCAAACUUCAAUCUGAAGCUCGGGGAUUUUGGCCUAGCUAGACUCAUGGACCACGAGCUAGGACCUCAGACAACCGGGUUGGCCGGAACAUUUGGUUACUUGGCACCAGAAUAUGUAAGAACUGGAAGAGCUAGUAAAGAAUCAGAUGUCUACAGCUUUGGUGUAGUAAUAUUAGAAAUUGUUACUGGGAGAAGGUCAGUGAAUGUACUGCAGGAUGGAAAAUCUGAAAUGGGAUUGGUGGAAUGGAUUUGGAAUUUGUAUGGUAGUGGAGAGCUUCUUUUAGCUGUGGAUGGGAGAUUGAACAAGGAAUUUGAUGCCAGCCAAGUAGAGUGUUUGAUGAUUGUAGGAUUAUGGUGUGCUCACCCUGACCAGAAUUUCCGGCCAUCAGUAAGGCAGGCUAUUCAAGUACUUAACUUUGAGGCCGCUAUGCCAACUCUUCCGUCAAAGAUGCCUGUUCCCAUUUAUGCAAUUACACCCUUAGAUAAACCAGAGGUUAGCUCUAGUGAUGCUUCUAUGACUUACACAAGCAUCAAUGUAGGACGUUAAAUAAGUUUAGUUAUGUAUGUUCUUUUUCUUGCAACUACAGACACACCUGUGACCUGUCAUGUAUCAGAAAGUUACCCGGUUUGUAAAAUCUACUUUAACUUGUUCUUUCUUUA